CCCGCGCCCGCAAACCGCAGCAGAACUAAGAGCAGAACCAUGGAGCACUACGAGCGGCUCGGCAAGAUCGCUGAGGGCGCCUCGGGGGCCGUCUACAUGGCCCGCGACCGCCGCACGGGCGAGACCGUCGCCGUCAAGCGCCUCCGCGCGGGGGGCGGCAGCGGCGACGGGGAGGCCUUCGCGGCGGCGUUCCUCCGCGAGGCGCGCUGCCUCGAGGCCUGCCGCGGCCACCCGUGCCUCGUCGAGCUCCGCGCCGCGCACCUCGAGGGCGCGGGCGGCGCGUUCCUCGUCAUGGAGUACGCCGGCCGGAGCCUGGCGGAGGUCGUGCGGGAGCGGGAGGCCCGCGGCGCCGGGCGCGCGUUCCCGGAGGCCGAGGCGCGCCGCGUCGUGCGGCGCCUCCUCGAGGGCGCCGCGGCGAUGCACGCCCGCGGCGUCCUGCACAGGGACCUCAAGCCCGACAACGUCCUCCUCGACGCCCGCGGCGGGGUCAAGAUCUGCGACUUCGGCCUCUCCCGCGCGGCCGCCGCGGACGGCGACGGCGCCGCGCCGCCGCCGCUCACGCCGGGCGUCGCCACGCUGUGGUACCGCGCGCCGGAGCUCAUCCUCGGCUCGCGGGACUACGACGCGGGCGUCGACACCUGGGCGCUCGGCUGCAUCAUGGCCGAGCUCCUCGCCGGCGCGCCGCUCUUCCCGGGGAGGUCCGAGAUGGACCAGCUCAACCGGGUCUUCGACACGCUGGGGAUGCAGGACAUGGCGUCCUGGCCGGGCUUCGCGCGGCUGCCGCGCGCGGACUCGGGGCUCUGCCGCCGCGCCCGCCCGCCCAGCCGCCUCCGGGAGAUGUUCCCGGCGCUCUCGGCCGCCGGCUUCGACGUCCUCAGCGGGCUCUUGGCAUGCAGGCCGGACCGUCGCCUCGCUGCCGCGGACGCGCUCCGGUGCCCGUGGUUCGCGGACGCCGCCGCGCCCGAGGCGGCACCAGCUGAUCAGCUGCGUUCCGCUUCCUGCGCCGCCGCCAUCGCUUCCAGUGUCGCCGGGGUCUCCGAGGCGAUCAUAGCAUAGAGCACACGAGUACACCACAUUUGAUUUUUUUUCGCGACAGUGCACGUUUUUGAUUAAGAGAAAACAUGGCGAAGAAACAGGGGCAGCGCUGCAUCGGGCGGAGGGAAGCGGCGGCGGCGGCGUCUGCUGCGCCUCCGACCUGGGCACCGGGUCUUGAUCUUGGACCGGGCCUCUAUAGGGUACGUUUAGGGCCGGGUCCAAACAAAACCCAAGCGAAAAUAAAAUUUUAAAAAAAUGUAUGGUUGCUUUAAUAUUUGUGCAAAUUUCAUGGAAGGGACCAUUGAAGCAAAACUCAUUACAUUGUUUACUCACUUUCCGUGUAAUAA